AUGGCCGCAACCGACUACAAGUUUAAGGGAUGGAACGCCCUGGACGCCACCGCAGCCGAGGGAAAGAUGGUCUGGCGAGAGUUUGAGCCCAAGCGAUGGGAGGAGAACGACGUCGACAUCAAGAUCACACACGCCGGCAUCUGCGGUAGCGACAUCCACACACUGCGCAGCGGAUGGGGCGAAACCGCCUACCCCUGUGUUGUCGGCCACGAGAUUGUCGGAACAGCUGUCAAAGUCGGCUCCAAGGUCGAGGGUAUCAAGGUUGGCGACCGUGUUGGCGUCGGUGCCCAGAGUGACUCCUGCCUGGGUCGUUUCGGCGACUGCGAGGACUGCGCUGCCGGCGACGAGAACUACUGCGACAAGGUCGUCGGUACCUACAACAGCAAGCACUUCAACGGCGAUGCCUCGCAGGGUGGCUACGCUACUUACCACCGGUCUCCCUCCCACUUCGUGAUCAAGAUCCCCGAUGGUGUUCCGUCUCAGGAGGCCGCUCCCAUGAUGUGCGGCGGUGUCACCGUUUACGCUCCGCUCAAGAACUACAACGUCGGCCCGGGCAUGACUGUUGGUAUCGUGGGUGUCGGUGGUUUGGGCCACUAUGGUGUCAAGUUUGCCAGUGCUCUCGGCGCCAAGGUCGUGGGUAUCUCCAGAAAGGAGGCCAAGCGGGGCGAGGUUCUCGAGCUCGGUGCCGCCGACUACAUCGCCACCGAUGACAACGAGGACUGGGUCAAGAAGCACUACCGCAGCUUGGACCUUAUCAUCUCUACCGUCGCAUCAUCCAAGGUCCCCAUCAACGACUACUUCCAACUCUUGAAGAAGAAGGGCAACUUCGUCCAGGUCGGCAUACCCGAGGACGGCGCUAUGCCCAUUGCCGUACCCUCGGUCGUCUUUGGUCAGAAGAAGUUCACCGGAUCUCUGAUCGGAUCCCCGGCCAACCUGAGGGAGAUGCUGGAGCUCGUGGCGAGGAACAACCUGAGAGGCAUGAUCCAGGAGCGUCCCAUGAAGGACGCCAACCAAGCUAUCGUAGAUUUGGAAGCUGGUAAGGCCAGGUACCGAUACGUCCUGUUCAACGAGGACGCCGCCUAG